UUCUAGAAACCUCUUCCUGCUAGAAAGCAGUUUGUCAGAAAGAUCCCGGUCCGGCGGCGCCCCGCCCGCCCCUGCUUGCUCCUCCCGCCGCCCGCGGGGACCUCAGCGGCUUCCCCAGAGCCAUGGAGCCUGCGACGCGCCCGGGGACCGAACCCAGAACCGACGAGAGCCUGGGUCAGGAGAGGGAGCCAGAGCCAGGCUGCUCCAGGCCAGAACUGAGGCUUCUCCUCUUAGGGAGAAGUGGUGUAGGAAAAAGUGCCACUGGAAACACUAUUCUGGGCAGAUCCAUGUUUGUGUCCAAAUUUAGUAACCAGAUGGUGACGAAAGUGUGCCAGAGAGAGAGUAGGGCCACAGGAGAGGGGACACUUGUGGUCAUCGACACCCCCUACCUUUUCUCCUCAAUGUCUCCGGCCGAAGACAAGCAACGCAACAUUGAGCGCUGCCUGGAGCUCUGUGCGCCCAGCCUGCACGUCCUGCUGCUGGUCAUUGCCAUCGGCUGUUAUGAGCUGGAGGACAAAGAGGUGGUCUGUGGCGUCCAGGAGGUGUUUGGAGCCGAAGCCAGGAGGUACAUGAUUGUUGUCUUCACUCGGAAGGAUGAUUUGGAGGGAGACUCAGUGCAAGAUUACAUCGAAGGGUUAGAUUCCCUCAGGGAGUUGGUUGAAAACUGUGGAGGCCGAUACUGUGCUCUGAACAACAAGGGGAGCGAGGAGGAGCGGGUCGGCCAGGUGAGGGAGCUCCUCGGCAUGGUGCAGCGUCUGGUGGGUGAAAAUGGAGGACCCUAUAUCAUGAAGUUCAGAAACCAAGGUGGUGGAUUCCUGGAUAGUGUGAAGGGAGCCGCGUCUCAGAAGGAGGAUAAGCCACAUGGGGGAGGGGAGUUGCAGCGUCAGGCCACAGGAUAUGAGCCCAACCCUGGGAUUCACGAACUGAAGGUCCUGCUUGUGGGGAAGCGUGGAGCCGGGAAAAGCGCAGCUGGGAAUAGCCUUCUGGGGAAGCGAGUCUUCGAGACCAAAUUCAGUGAAGAGUCAGUCACCCGGAGGUUUGUGUUGGAGAGCAGAAUCUGGAGAGAGAGAAGAGUUGUGAUCAUUGAUACUCCAGACAUCUCAUCUUCAAAGGAUAUUAAGGCUGAGCUCCGGAGACACGUCUUUGGGGGCCCCCACGCCUUCCUGCUGGUGACCCCACUGGGCUCUUUUUCCAAGAAAGAUGAGGUGGUGCUGGACACCCUCCAAGCCAGUUUUGGAGACAAAUUCGUGGAGUACCUGAUCAUUCUCUUCACCAGGAAAGAAGACCUGGGGGAUCAGGAUCUAGAGAUGUUCUUGAAAAGCAGAAGUACAGCUCUCUGCAAGCUCAUCAAGAAGUGCAAAGACCGGUACUGCGUCUUCAGUUACAGGGUGACAAGAGAAGAGGAGCAGCACCAGGCAGAGGAGCUCCUGCAAACAGUCGUGAGCCUGGUGCAGCAGCACGGGGACAGGCCCUGCACUUUCAGAGAGCAAGAGCCCCUGAGUCUUGUCCUGGUGGGGAAGAGCGGCCCUGGGAAGAGCGCCACGGGCAACACCAUCCUCGGCAGGCCCGACUUCCUUUCCCAGUUCCGAGCGCAGCCAGUCACCAGGACGUGCCAGAGCAGCAGGAGGCUGUGGGGCCAGCAGGAGGUCGUGGUGGUGGACAUGCCCUCACUGUGCCUGAUGGCCAGUGCGGAGGGGGGUCCGUCCCAGCUAGAGGAGGAAGUCAGACGCUGCUGGUCCUGCUGUAAAGGGAACAAGAUCCUGGUCCUGGUGUUCCAGCUGGGCUGGUUCACUCAGGAGGACAAGAGGGCCGUGAAGGAAUUAGAGACCAUCUUUGGAGAGGAAGUUUUGAAGUACACGAUUGUGCUGUUCACUCGGAAGGAAGACCUGGAGGUGGACAUUGCAGAUUACAUCAAGAACGCAGAAAACAGAACCCUUCAGAACAUAAUCAAAAGGUGUGGGGGGCGAAUUUGUGCUUUUAAUAACAAAGAAACUGGCCAAGCCAGGGAAGACCAGGCAGCAGUUCUUCUGACAAUGGCCAAUCAGCUGAUAGAGAGCCAUGGGGGGCAUGGGUACCCCCAGAAGUGGGAGAACAUUAGCAAAAGCAUAAAAAAUGGCCAGGACAAGCACAAGCCCAAACAUUUACUAAAGAAUUUAAAAGAAAUUUUACUGUAGAUACCCGACUUGCUUGGGAGGCUCUGUAAGUUAGACACCCUCAGUUGGGGACGGGGCGGGGCGGGACUGGUGGGAUGGGAGGAAGGUCCUUGACUUUGGGGGCUGGGAAGGCACUACAGAUCUCCCAGCACUGUGUAAGUAAAUGAAUCCUCAGGCUGGGCCGGGCUCAUUUUUUUUAAAAUUUUUAUUUAUUUAUGAUAGUCACACAGAGAGAAAGAGAGAGAGGCAGAGACACAGGCAGAGGGAGAAGCAGGCUCCAUGCACCGGGAGCCCGACGUGGGACUCGAUCCCGGGUCUCCAGGAUCACGCCCUGGGCCAAAGGCAGGCGCCAAACCGCUGCGCCACCCAGGGAUCCCUGGGCCGGGCUCAUUAAGGAGAAAGAAGAAAUGAGGCGAGGCGGGGAAAUCUAGAAAGAGGCUUCAGAGAUUGCAUGGCUUUGAGGAUCAGAAUUAAGUCACAUGAAUCACGUCACCCGUGUACAUAGAUUGGAGUCAGGACACACACUGUGACCGAGGCCAAGGCCAGCCUAGGGUGAAAUAGGGAGAAAUACACAAGGAAGGACCGGGGGAUCCAGAUACAGGAGAGGGGAGCAGCGAGCAAUGUCCAGCCAACGCCUGGCAUGGGAAAGUGGAGAAGCAGGACUCGUGUGGGCCUCUAGGGGGCUAGGCCUGCUGGCGCCCUGAGGUACCUUGUUACCCCCUGGGGCAGGACUCAGACCUAGAACGGUCCUUUCCUCAUAGGGGGUGGGGUGGGGUGGGGUGGGUGGUGGAUAUUCGUCAGUGUUGUCUUCAUUCCAACCUGAAUGGAAAGUGGGACCCAGUCUACUCCGCUUCCUCGUCCCUUAGGAAAGGAACACGAGUCUGGGCGGUUUCAAAAUAUUUUAUUGCUAACCAUUGCGCUGAAAUAGAGAACAAAAUUCCUAGACACGGUCAAGUUGUUGAGAUUAGACAAUCUCGCCAAGUUCCAGCAUUCUAGGUAGAAUUCUAGGUUGCCUCUAGAAAAGUUCAUUCAAGACUCCUUUGCACAUUCCUCUUUUUUUCAUCCCCGAGGGUUAGGAAUUAGGGUAAAGCUCAGAGAACUCAAGUGAUAAUGUCUUGAACCCCGUAGGAGCACACUGUAUCUCACAUCAGGAAGUCUAGGGGGAGGCAUUCUGAGGCCGGUGUGACAUCCACGCUCCAGCCUCGGAGGUGUGUGGCCUCUGCACUUCCGGUCACUUUUUGGUUCCAGGCUGGUGGUGCUCUGCAUUGGCUGAGCAGAUUAUGUUGAGGGCUGCCUGGUGCAGGCCAUAGAUGAGAUGAGAACUAUGGGGUCUUCUCCCAGGUAGGUGUGGUUGGAUGCUCUCAACAUUAACCAUUUCAUGUAUGUGUUGAGGACAGGAUCUAUUUCAUCCGCUUUUGUUUUUUGAAAGUAUCAGUUGCCUUCAAGUUUAACCCAUUUAUCAGAGCACAGACUGUCCCCAUUAAUUGUGUUGUACUCUAUGUAACUCUAAAUAUGACAGAUUCUGGAACAUGUGUGUAUACAUAUAUUCAAGUUGAGUGAAAUAAUAAAGGUGAAUUAUUUUAUAAAUUCA